AUGGCUUCCGUAACCAGCCUCGACCAGGACAUGCGCAAAAUGCGCCUGGACCGUUACACGCCUGCUGCUGCGAACGAGAUUCGGUCAUGGAUAGAAGGGAUCUUAGGCGACCGACUUCCUGCUGGAGAUCUCAUGGAAGCCCUUAAAGAUGGUGUUGCGCUGUGCAAGCUGGUCAAUCUCGCUGUCUCUCCUGGUGUCAAGUACAAGGAAUCCUCAAUGCCCUUCGUGCAAAUGGAAAACAUCUCGCAUUUCCUCCGCGCAUGCGAAAUGCCUCCUCUAAGUCUACCCUCCCACGACCGCUUCCUAACAGUCGACCUCUACGAUGGAAAAGACCCCGCGCAAGUUCUCCAGUGCAUUGCUGCUUUCAGUCGCCGAGCAAAUGCUGUGAAUCCGGGUAAUUUUCCAGCUCCUUUGGGUGGCAAGACAAAAUCAACGAUGAGCCCACAAGGUACCGGUUCAAGCACCGGUCCCAGGUCGCCAGGCUACACAACCAAUACUCCGAGAUCGCGGGGCAUCAGUGCAGCCAGUGAAACCCCUCCCUCCUAUACCUUCAAUCCGCUCAACAAGGCUGCCUACUCUGGACGCAUUAGUCCCACGAAACAAUCAAGUCUUUCCCGCGGCGGCUUAGCCACGGGUGGGCCAACCAGCAGCUGGAGUAAGAGAGAUGAUCAGGACAAAACCGUUCCAGCAUGGAACAUUCAUCAGUAUGGUUACAUGGGUGGUGCCAGUCAAGGCAAUUUAGGUGUUGCAUUCGGUGCAAGGCGCCAAAUUACCUCUCAAGCGCCAGCUGUCCCCAGUCUAGCUGAGAAAGAGAAGCGCCUGCAGGAGAGGUUGGAACAAGAGAAGCGCGAAUUGGCUGAACGUCAGCAACGCGAGGAAGCUGAGCGAGAGGCUGCGGCUGAGCGACGGAGGCGGGAGGAAGAAGAGGCCCGACUAGAGGAAGAACGUCGAUGGGAAGAAGAGACGAGAAGACUGCGCGAGAAAGAAGAGCAGGCUCGGCAAUUCGAAGAGCAAGAACGCUUGCGCCAUGAGCGAGAAGCUGCUGAAGCAGAACAACAACGUCUUGAACGUGAGCGAGAGGCACAGAAGGCCCGCCAGAGAGAAGAUGACAUGGCUCGUGAGCGUGCGCGGCAACGAACAACCAGCGAUGCUCGCUUGAACGGACAGUUCCUGUCCCAGUACCAAGCUGGUCAUACCCAAACUGCGACUGCACAAACUCCGACGGAUGAUGCCUCCGCUGAAGCUCAGCGCAUAGCCGAGCUCGAACGUCAGCUAGCAGAACUUCGCGAGUCCCAACGUCGCGCCGCAGCUUCUCCUCCAGCACAUCCAAUGGCGCCGUCCCUACCAGCACGUCAGCCAGCCCAAACGAGUCACCAAGACGACUGGGACAGCUCCGAGCGCGACUACCUACGCAAAGAAUGGCAAACAGCCCAACUAGACCCGGAGAAUUACAACACCAAACCCUCUCGCCCUGCAGACGUCUCCGCGCGCCCACUCCCGGAUCCCUCCCAAUACGCACCGAAUACGAGCCGGACUGAACGAUUCCUUGCUUCUAAUACCGCUCCCGCACCUGCACCAGUGGCCUCCCAUCGACCACAAGACUAUAGCACCACGACUGAAGUUGACCUCGAAAAUCAACGCCGGCAAGCCUCGCAAGCCAAGACGAAGGCGGGUGGUUGGGCGUCCAGCUCGCUGCUACAGCGAGAGAUGGAGCGUGAACGCGAACGACAACGGGAAUGGGAGCAGGGACAGAAGGAGACAGAGACGCGCGCUCGAGAUGCCCAGCAGGGCAGCCAACCAGGUCAGAGCUGGGAUGUUCAUCAAUAUGGAUAUAUGGGUGGAGACAGUCAAAAUCGGGGUGGCCCUGGUUUGGGUGUGGGAGGAGCGAGAAGGCAAAUUAUUGGGCCUAGGCCGCCGCGGUGA